CGGUGACGUCACUCCCGCUGCCUGCGCGGGGCGCGCGCUGGGGGGGGGGGCAGCGGCGGCGCGAGGCGGCGGCUCCGGGCGGCGGCGCCAUGUUCCAGACCCUGUACAGCUACUUCUGGUGGGAACGGCUCUGGCUCCCGGCGAACCUCACCUGGGCUGACCUGCAGGACCGGGAUGGGCGAGUCUACGCCAAAGCCUCCGACCUCUACAUCACCCUCCCCUUGGCCUUCCUCUUCCUCGUGGUCCGGCACCUCUUUGAGACGUACGUGGCCACCCCACUGGCCGGGCUGCUGAACGUCAAGGAGAAGAUCAGGUUAAAAGCCACCCCUAACCCCGUGCUGGAGAAGUUUUAUGCUGCCACCACCAAACACCCCAAGCAGGCCGACGUGGAGAUGCUCUCCAAGAAGAGCGGGCACACGGUGCGGCAGGUGGAGCGUUGGUUCCGCCGCCGCCGCAACCAGGACCGGCCCAGCCUGCUCAAGAAGUUCAGGGAGGCCAGUUGGCGAUUCACGUUUUACCUUAUUGCUUUCAUUGCUGGCAUGGCUGUCAUAGUGGAUAAACCCUGGUUCUACGACCUGCGGGAGGUGUGGAAGGGGUACCCCAUCCAGAGCAUCCUGCCCUCCCAGUACUGGUACUACAUGAUCGAGCUCUCCUUCUACUGGUCCCUGCUCUUCAGCAUCGCCUCCGACGUCAAGCGCAAGGACUUCAAGGAGCAGAUCAUCCACCACGUCGCCACCAUCAUCCUCAUCAGCUUCUCCUGGUUCGCCAACUACGUCCGCGCAGGGACGCUCAUCAUGGCCCUGCACGACUCCUCAGACUACCUGCUGGAGUCUGCCAAGAUGUUCAACUAUGCUGGCUGGAGAAACACCUGCAACAACAUCUUCAUCGUCUUCGCCGCCGUCUUCAUCGUCACCCGCCUGGUCAUCCUGCCCUUCUGGAUCAUGCACUGCACGGUCGUUUACCCGCUGGAUCUCUACCCUCCCUUCUUUGGCUACUACUUCUUCAACUUCAUGAUGGUCGUGCUGCAGUCGCUGCACGUCUUCUGGGCCUACCUCAUCAUCCGCAUGGCCCAGAAGUUCAUAACUGGAAAGGUGGUUGAGGACGAGCGGAGCGACCGCGAGGAGACGGACAACUCGGAGGAGGAGGAGGAGAAGAACGGGCCCCUCUCCAACGGCCACCCCGUCCUCAACAACAACCACCGCAAAACCGACUGAGCGUCCUGCCCGGCGGGGGGGCCGGGGGGGCCCCCCCCAGAGCCCACACCCGGGAGGUGUCAGACCCCAGCCACGUCACCCUCGCGCAGUGCCCAGGUGUCCCCCCCGGCCGCUCCAUCCUCGUCCCUCCCUGGGCCAGCAAAGCAAACCGGGACCCCCAGAGCCCCUCUGGGCUCCCCCCCUGAUUUGGGGCCACAGCUCCAGGGGGGCAGCAGUUCCGGGGGGAGCAGUGGUCGCUGCUCCCCCCUCUCCCGUUGGGGCCAUUUCUGCCUUUCACCUCCUGCCUUAAUCCACCUCGUGCCCCGGGACAGGCGGAGCCAGGAGCAUCCCCUGGGAUGGUGCCUUUCCCAGCUCUGGUGCCUUUCCUGGCUCCAGCCCCUCACGGGCUCCAGCCCCUCGUUAUUCCCUUUUUUCCAACCAUCUCCUGGCCGGAGGGGAGCGGGUCCUGCAGCCUCUUCCAACACCGGGAUAAAAAUCCCCUUCCCUGCCCCGCGCUCGGCGCCGGUGCCGAGAGGUGGAAACGCCGGCGCAGCCUCUGGGAGCUGGAGCAGGUGACACCCCGGGGGAGCAGGUGACAUCCCAGGUGACACCCCGGGUGUUUUGGUGGCUGAGUUUCACAAUGACACUAUGAAAGUGCUCGGGGGGGGGGGGGGCAGGAAGCCACAGGGUUCAGUCACUACUUGUGUCUCCCCGAGGAGUUUAAUCCCCUCGUUUCUCCUUGUCACAGGGUUUCCAGUCUCUCCCUCCCCAUGGCCUCUCCUGGGCCCUUUCCCAGCUGUAACAGGACAAAUUUGCAACUGAUUUUUUUUUUUUCCUCCUUGUUUUUGGUUUUUGUUUCUAUUUAUUUGGAAGUUGGAAGGAGCUGGGCUUGGCUCUGCCUCCCACAUCCACCCGGGAUGGGGGGAGACCUCCCAGCACGAGGGGGUGUGGGGGGAAAAGGACCAUUAACCAACAUCAGACCAAAACGUGUUUUGUUUUGUUUUUCUUUUUUUUUUUUUAAAUAAAAGGUUAAAUAUAUUAAAAGUUUAAAAAAAAAACUAAUAAACUUCGGUAUAAAAAAAAAAUGCUAA